AUGGCGUACAUUUGCGAUCCAAGUAUUCGUUAUGGCGGACGAGUAACUAUUGAAGAGGUUUUGGACAGCAUCUUUUAUGAAACAAAGCCAAACACUGGUCCAUUCGCUUUUACGGAUCCUGAGAUAAGUUUACCGCCAAUGGAAAAUGAUGAUUUAAGUUUUGAUUGGCCUGGCAUCUAUACUAAAGAUUUGGAUUUGAUGAAACAGAUUUCCCAUGAUCCUGUUGAGGCUGAGAAGCUUCUCCGUGAAGAAACAAAAAAAAUUUUCCGCCAAAGAGCAAAAAUUCUCGAACUCGUCAGAAAAUUGGAUGAGUGGCUUCCAUCUUUGCUGCAGAAUGAACGUCUCUACAUCCGGUGUGCUCGAUGCCUUCAGACUCGAGAGCUAUCCUUAGCUCGUCCGCAAUACCUGUCCUGCAAGCACUGUUACACCUACUACUGUUGUCGCUCGUGUCGUGAACUAGACUGGCCGCAGCACUCAGAACGAUGCUCAUUCGCACGUAUCAACACACUGUGUAAGGAUGUGAUCGUAAAAGUCCGUACCGACCGCGAAGCUCAGUGGUACAUGUCGAAAAUUGCUCGAGACGGUCACACGUUACGAGGCCGAGGAUCGGUCAGUUUACGUCUAACAUCACCGCAACUUGCUGACGAUUACGUGAAUUACGGCUGGUCAGCAUUGGCACACAUCAACACUGAAGAUCUACUUUUUUACUACACCGUUGAAGAGUUGCUGGACGAACGAAAAGAACCGUCAUUAAUAGCACUUUGUCGUAAAUACGAUCCAACGUAA